AUGAACAGAGAGAUGAUCUCCACCAAUGAUCUCCCCUGCCUUCUCCAGUCCAUCGAGCAUCAUCUUUUCGAUGAUUCCGAGCUUUCGGACAUUUUUCCCACCAUGAAUUUAUGGGAUGUGCCGGAUACGAGCCUCACCACUUUGUUCUUCAUGGAUAAUACUUCUGACCAGACUCUUCCCAUGGAUUGCUACCAGCCUGAUCAUGUUGACGCGAGAGAGGAGACUAAGGAGAAAGAGAAGGAGGUUUCGGCUCGGGCCCACCCGGAUCACAUUCGGUUCAGAUACCGCGGUAUCAGGAGGCGGCCGUGGGGGAAGUUUGCGGCAGAGAUCAGGUCUCCGGCUAAGAAAGGAAAGAGGGUUUGGCUAGGAACCUACGAGACCCCGGAGGAUGCUGCACUGGCUUAUGACCGGGCUGCUUUUAAGAUCCAUGGUUCGGCUGCUAAGCUCAAUUUUCCUCAUUUGAUUGGAUCAAACCUACCUGAUCCGGUCAAGGUGGCACCGAGGCAGCGGACCUCGUCGGUUCCCUCCUUGACGUCGUCGUCCUCAUCAUUGUCAUUGCUCUCUUCUUCUUCGUCAAACAACGGAUCAUUCAAGAAGAGGGAAAAGAAUGCUGCCAAAGCAAUUAAGAGUGCCUAG